AUGAAAAGAAGAAACUGCUCUGUCACAUCCCUUCUCCUGCUACUCCUGCUUCUACUUGGGCGUUCAGAAUUGGGUAAGUGAAUUAACUUUGGAGAAUAUGGAAAGCUCCUCAGAGCCUUCAGAAAUGGGGUUGGGAUCUAUGGAGAAAAAUCAUCCUAGGACUCAGGCAGGGCCAGUCUUAAGCAAAGCUAUGGAAUAAUAGGAACAAGCCAAAAUGUUUCCACUAAGAACGCACUGAGCAGCCCUGAUGACUCACAAACAAGAGAAAAAUAUACUAACGUGGGGACCACCGAGGACUACACCACUGCAGAGGACUACACCACUGCUGAUGUGGGGACCACUGAGGACUACACCACUGCAGACCCAGGGACCACCGAGGACUAUACCACUGUAGACGUAGGGACCACUGAGGACUACAGCACUGCAGACCUGGAAACCACCGAGGACUAUACCACAGCAGAUCUGGGAACUACCGAGGACUACACUACUGCAGGCAUGGGGACCACCGAGGACUACACCACUGCCAAUGUGGGGACAACCGACGACUACACCACUGCAGAGGACUACACCACUGCAGAUCUGGGGACCAACGAAGACUACACCACUGCAGACCCGGGGAACACCGAGGACUAUACCACUGCAGACAUAGGGACCACCGAGGACUACACCACUGCCAACGUGGGGACCACCAAGGGCUACAUUAUUGCAGACGCAGGAAACACAGAGGACUAUACCAUGGCCAACCCGGGGACCAGGGAGGACCAUACCACUGCAGACGUGGGAACCACUGAGGCCCAUACCACUGCAGACCUGGGGAUCACCCAGGACUAUACCACUGUGGACCCCGAGACCACAGAAGACCAUACCACUGCAGAUUUGGGGACCACCAGGGACCAUACCACUGCAGACCUGGGGGCCACCAAUGACCAUACCACUGCAGAGGAGGGGACCACUGAGGACUCUUUUACUGCAGACCCGGGGACCACCAAACACUACACCAGUAAACUUCCAGACACUCGCCCUGAGGGAACAGAUUCAGUAACCUCAGUGAAACCCACUUGGCGGCUGACACCUAUCGGAAUCAUCCUCAUCUCCCUGGCAGCCACCACAGUGGCAGUUUCACUCUUCGUUGGACUUGGCUUCUUUGUGGUGAGUAUUGGCCCAGGAAUGUGA